AUGCCGAAAAACAAGAAACCCGAACGCAAAGCGAGCACCUCCGAUUCAGAUUCCGGCCCAGACGACCGAACGCCGGCGAAGAAGUCGAAAGAUUCGAAAGGCGACGACUCGAGCGAGGUGCCGACCUCUUGGAGUUUGGGCAAGAACCGCUUUCUCAAAUUAACGGAAUUCAAGAACUCCUGGUAUCUAGAUGUUAGAGAAUUUUACAAUGCCGACGGGGACAUGAAGCCAGGCAGGAAGGGCAUCAUGUUGACCAUGGAACAGUGGCAGAAAUUGAAGGGCUUCAUGGGCGAAAUAGACGAGGCCAUCAAGCGGAAAGUGUAA